AUGACGAGUUCCAAAGAGGAAGAAAAGGAUGCCGAUCUGAUCACCACCCAUUUUGUUAAUCUCGUUUGUCAUGAGAACAAUGAACAGAUUGAGUUAAACGAUUUCACCAAAAAUUAUUUAAAAAAUAAAAUGCUAAUCAAGAAAGAAAAAAAACGAAAAAUGAGAAAAAGACGCAAAUACUAUUAUGGCAUGUUAGCAAUUGAGAAACUAAAUUUUGUGAUAAACAGGGACGGAAAAAUAUAUGACGAAAAUAAUGACUUAGUAAAUCUACACUCUUUAGAACACGUAUUCCCAUCGCAUAUCAAAUGGGAACCCUCCAAGUUUAUUUAUGUUCAUAUGCUAUUUGCGUACAAUUUUAUUUUUUUUAAAAAUGAAAGAAUUUUAUUCCUAGCAGUCGAUUCGUGCAAUGUGUUCGGAAGGGAAAACUUAAACACGUCAUCCCAUUUCGGAUUGGGGAAGUACAACUAUGGGCCUUCUGCGAAGAAAGGGGAGACCCAAAGUUUGAUAGAUUAUUUUCAUCAAUUUGUUUAUGACUCCAAUAGAUUUUACGAGAGGACGAUGGGGAUGGAAGUGGCCUUAGACAGACAGAAUAAAAUCCGAGGGGAAGUUCGUACAAGGGGAACACCAGGGUGGGGUGAAAACAGAGAGGAGAAAGAAGAGAGCGAAGAAUGUGGAGGGAAGUUUCAAACAGGGUGUCACUCCUUAUGGACAUUAUAUAACGAGUUGCACACAUUGCGCGGUGGGAAGUGGGACAAGAAUACACAGUGGAUGGAGACGCGAAUGGAAAAGGAUUGCAAACCGGCCAAUGAUGACGACAUCCAUUUGGAUAUCCCCCCAGAAGAGGCACAUAAACCGUACGGCCUUUUCCUGCACUACACGAAAGAAAGAAAGACAAACGAGAGAGGAAAUUUCAACAUGAGGGAAGUAAAAAACGAAAGGAACUACACAGUUUACAAAAUAUAUACCUUUUUAUUUCUCCUGUGUGAUGUAAUUUUCUACGUCCAGAAAACGGCGGUAUCCUUUCAUACUAGUGUGGACCCCUUUUUUGCCAAAUUUUUCAGAUUUAUUCAUCACUUCGGGAAGUGUUUCCGCCACGGGGAAACCAUAGCACAUAUCCACUUCGUCUACGUGGACAACGACGUGCGGGAUGUUAUGCACAAAUAUAACCACUACACCUGUUUAGUAAAAGGAAAUAAAAGUAGAGAGAAAUGCAGGAACGGGCAAAAAGGUGAUAACGGACGAUUGGGCGAUGAGGAGAACAAUCAAAAGGAACAGAAAAACGAAGAGGGAAAAAGGAAGGGAAAAAGGAAAGGAAAAAGAAAUGCCCCAGUGGAAUACAUCUAUAGGGAGGGAGAGUCCGACGACUCGAACAGCUCGAACGGCUCGGACAGCUCGGACAAAUUAUGGACCUCCAGUGUGAAGGACUACUACGGUGAAGAGUGCAAAAGGAAGCUACUAAAUUAUGCAUACAACAAUUACGGCAUGGUGGAAAAAAUUGAAUUACUAAAAAUGGAAAAGGUGAUACAAAAAAAUAUCACGAAGAGGCUUUAUCCAAGUGGUGCAGGAGGGGUAGCAGUAGGGGGGGCAGCAGUAGCAGGAGUAGCAGUAGGAGGAGUAGCUGUAGGAGGAGUGGGGGGAUGCCUCCCCAACUGUUCUGUCCUCAUCGUCUUGAACACCCAUUUUGAGAAAACGAAUUGGAAUGAAUAUCACGAGGAGGGAAAUAAUUCCAAGUUGGAAUAUUUCCCCUUUUUUAAAUACAACAUUUGUAAAUAUACAAAGAAAAUGGAAAAGAAAAAGGAGCCCAAGUGGAAGCAACAGCUUUGUCGAAACAGCAACGUUACGUCUUCCCAGUUUGAGAAAAAAACACAAUCAGCGUCUUUAUAUAAUGAUCUUUUUAGUAACAUAUGCAACGAUGUGCACUUCGAUGUGUCCAAUUUUAAUUAUGCGCAUCCAUCGUUUUCUCUGGAUUUGUUUCGACAAAGGGUUUUCCAUUUAAUAUACAAGCAGGGGGUGUCUGGGCUGGGGGCGAGCGAGGGGACAGUGGGCGCAAAAAUGGGCGCAGAAAUGGGUACACAAAUGGGUACACAAGUUGGCACACAAAUGGGCACACAAAUGGCGGAGCCCUCCCUGAGCAGUUCUGAGAGCAUAAAUUACGGCGAACCCCCCUGCAGGAAUUUUCUCUCCAGGAGGGUUGUUCCACUGCUCAAUGCCAACGGCGCAAUAAACAAUUUGGUGCAAUAUAUAUCCACAUAUGACAUUUUCUACAAGUGUAAAAAGUGGAACAGCAGUAAGUUUGGUGUGGGCCCUGCUUCCAUCAAUAGGACCCUCUCCUCCGUCAACAUCGAGCACCUGCUUAAUCAUGACGAAAGGGAAUAUGCACAAAAUGGAGAAACAUCGACAGUGAAUGAUAACACAAAGGGUAGCAGCAGAAGUGAAGGAUCUUCCAGCGAGGAGAGUGCACACGGCGACAGGGAAAACGGAAUAGACGCCCAUGUGGAGGAAAGGAAAAAAGGAAACACAAACCAGUUGAAGGAGCCACAUCUAAUGGAAAAAAAAAAGGCACACCCGACUGAGAAUAAACGAAGCGAUCUAUCAGGUGACCAUUUUAGUCCAAGUCGAGACCAUCAUUUUGAGACAAACGAAUCGAACAUGAUGUAUACGCCACAGCGUGAUGGAAAAAAUACACAGGAAGAGAACGAAAAACGCUUCUCACCUCUGCAUAAGGAGCACACCCGAACAAGCGAUAAGAUCAGCAGCUUACGUAAUUAUCUCCAAAAUGGUGCGCAGGUAGGGGGAGGCCACGCUAAACAGGAAGGGGUAGAGCCAAACCUCAACCCUAGCAGCAAUAGUAGCCAUUUUAUACUCCCAUUGGAUGUGGAUUACUACUUAACGAUCGAAAGCAUCGAUUACAUCACGCGCGAAAGUCACAAGGCUCUCCCCAAUUCGUUGCAAAAACAUCACCUGGUAGAGAAUCUACUUGAUCUAAUAGAGACAUUUCUUUUGUUUCUCAUGAAUAAAGGGUUCUACAUAUUACAGGAACGUGAAGAGUUUCACAAAACGGUUAACUAUUUGCACCCGUUUUUUGUCACCUCGUUAUGUGAAGCGGAACAAAUGGAGCAGGAGUCACAUGUAUGGAUGGCAGAGCAGGAAGAAGGGGUGCGGAAAAAUAUGCUCAUUUGUCUCUUCAUGGAGCGCGCUCUGUUGAGGGAGAGACAGCAGGGUGAUUACAAAUUUAGGGAGUAUUAUCUAUUCAUGAAAUGGGCACAGCGCAACGUGGGAAAGGAGGACGCAUGGAGUGAUGUCGCGGAGAGUGAUUCCACGGAGAGUGAUAACGUGGGGAAUGAUAACAUGGGGAAUGGUGCCGGGCAUGGUGACGUCCGUAGUGGUCACAACAUGAAUCAGUUAGAAGGCGACAAUAAUGAUGAGACGGAGGGGAAAAAAACAAAAAAAGAAAAAAUAUCUUCACCAAGGGAAAGAAGCCCUCUCCACACCUGCCUCCCCCACGUUGGAGAAAAUUUCACCAACGUGUGUGAAAAUAUGCAAAGUGUAAAUCUCCGAGAAGACCUCAAACUGUUGAAAAAAAAAUCGGACAAAUUUUUUGCACACGUGAAAACACUAAAAUACAACUUCAGGAACGAUCGCUUGUACAAAAAUUUUGUAAAUUACGAAUUAAAAAGGAAAUACAACAAAGAAGUUAUCUUAAAAUUGAGUGGCGAUUUUUCUCUCUACUUGAGCAAGGAAAAUUUGUGUAAUGUACAUCGCCAAAGACGGUUCCAUUAUUUGUUUAAAAAUUUUGUUGCCACGUAUGACGGCUUGUUCCUUUACCAAGUUAGGGACAACCCCCAUUUGUUUCUCUUCCUUAACGUAGAAUACGAAUGUUUUUAUGGCUGUCGCUUUUUCAAAAGUGGGGACUGCCAGACGGGUUAUUCGCCGACGGUGGAAGAGGUCAAUGCGGGGAGGAGCAGCACUAGUAGUAGAGGCAGCACUAGCAGUAGAGGCAGUGCUAACGGGAGUGGGAGUACUAACGGAAGUGGCAAUGACAGCAUCCGUAGCAGUGACCGCGUCCGUAGCAGCGGUGACGAUUCCUCAGCGCGGUUCAAGAGGAACGGUGGCGAGAAACUCACGCAUGCAAAAAAAGACGCACGCUUUAGGCCCAAAGUGCUGACCAAAGCGGAGGGCACAAAUGGCAACAGGCACAACUCCCCGAAAAAGGACAGUGACAAUGGAAGGAGGCAACAGAACGAGGGUGACGAAAGAAACGGGUCUGCAAAUUUUUUCCCUGACUACGAUGAAGAUGAUACGAAUAGGGAAAGGUACAAUGUCACCGAAUUUAUGGGUAACAAGGUGCUGAUUAAUUCCUUGCCCUUUUUUGACACAUGUCCAAUGCAUUUAGCUAGCACAAAUCCCCACGCGUACGAGGUUGAAAACUCGUUUGCACAUACGAACGCGAGGGCUGCCCCGAAUCGGUAUGAAGACGCUUGCGCCUAUGCUAACGCCAGGGCGCAUGCAAAUGAGACCCAUUUUGCACAACGGAUGGGUGCCAAAUUGUCGCGAAUUUGGGUGUACACCCCUACGAUGAAAAGCGUCCGGUGGAGAGCCAAAAUAUGCAUCCCUUUACCACUAACACAGCUUUACAAAAUGAAGAAAAAACUUGAAAAUGACGAAUAUUUUGAAUUUAAAAAAUUUGAGCAAGUGAAGGAAGACAUUUUUGUCUACAUGUAUCUGACGCAUAGUGAAAUUUUAAUUCCCCAACACACUUUGGCAUUGUUGAAUUAUCCCCCCUUUUUUUUUAUUUGUUCGGAAAAGCUACUGUACGAAAUUAAUAGUAUAUUAAGGCAGGACGAAAAAAGAAAGGCAGAAUUUCUUCAGCUUAAGAAGCGGAACUUACUCCAUUGCAAUCCUUUGGAAAAAAAACCGUCCUACCAUUUUUCCAUUCAUCUUGAUAUUUUGGGGACUUCAAAUAGGUCCCCAGAAAAUAAAAACGUCAUAAGCGAGUGUGAGGAUGAUGAUCCAUUGUCAACAGAACAGGGACAUAAUGUAGCAGUGGACAAACGACUGGGGGGUGACGAAACGAACGCGAGAAAAAGGAGUGCCGAAAAGGUAACGCACGACUCCACCAACUGUAAAAAUCACUCGAAGCAGAAGUAUGUCAUCCUGCCACUUGCGUAUUUUUACACCUCCGCGGAGUUAAAUAAUUACAGAAUUAGCAUAGAUUUUACGCACCUGGAGAAUUGA